UCCUCAAUCAUGAACUUUGAGCAGUUUACGACAAUGAAAAUCAAAUAUUUCUUCAAUAAUGGAGGGAACAAUUUCAACUAAUGGCAAAAACCUUCCAUUUGGGGUUAACUUUACCCUUAAAUUAUGUAUUUUUCUUAGGGUUUUUCGUUAAAUUUGGCGGCAAAGCCGCCGGAUAUGGUGGUGUUACGGUUGGGGUUUGUUGUGGUAUUGGUGGUGUCGGGAAUGGUUGGUUAUGGUGAUGGGGCUCGUCUUCCAUGAAUGAUUCGAAAGGUUGAAAAACGAAUGAUGAAAAUGAAAGGAGGAGGAAGAAGAUGACUCAGCAAGAAAAAAUAAUAAAAUAUUAAAAAAAAGUUGCUAUUACGAGAAACACAUCUUGAGAAACUAGGACAAGCUCCUUUAAAAAAAAAAAAAAAAUCAUAAAAAUCUAAAAAAAUCGCGCACAAGUUAUGAAACCUCAUCCAAUUUAAGAAUGGGGUUUUGAGGCUGAAACCUGAGAAGAAAGCUUAGAACGAAGGGACCAAGUUGAAGUGAAAGUGUUCAUUUUCUCUCUCCUCAAAAAUUCAUGGAAACUACCAUUAAUCUGCUCUCUUCAUCUUCCUCAUUUCCUCCAAGAACCCAAUUCAGAAACAAUGCUUCUUCUUCUCUUUCAGUAUCCAUGGUCAAUGAACAAACAUCUUUUGUUCAGUCCACGACCACUACUUUGUUGAGACAAUUUUCUGCCUCUGUUCUAUCACAUGAGCAGCGUGAUGAGUGCAAGCAAUCCUCAUCUGUGCUUAAAGAAGAUAAAACAUGUCAGUUACUGUCCACCUUGGAGGGUAAGAAGAUUGAACAUGCUGCAUAUAUCCAACAACAAAUAGGGACUUCUCUUCAACACCAGGAGGAACUUGAACAUCAGCUUUGCCAUUGGUCUGGCUCAUCGUUCUUGUUUACGUCCCCUAUAAGUGAGGAACAUCCAACCUCAAAAGCUGUUGGUAAGCAUAAGGAUCUGAAAUCAUGUGACGUGAUUUCACUUGCUGAGGAAGCUCUUUUAGCCUCAAAAUUAGCACUGGCAUUAGCUGAGAGCUCUGAUGCACUUGAUGCUGAGACAGAUGGAUCCUUUUCUUCUAGGUCAAGUAAGAGUAAUACGCCGACAGUAACACCGAAAACAGUUAGGUCAUCUCGGCUUUUAGAAAGGAGAAAUAAGAAAAGGAAGUCUUCAAGGCCUAGAGUAAUUCAUGAGAUAGGUCGUCCUGAAAAAAAGGCUGAUCCCAAAAGGUCAAGUGAAGGAUAUGAUCCUAAUGACCCUCUCCGUUUAUUUUUAUGGGGUCCAGAGACAAAGCAGUUGCUAACCAUACAACAAGAGAAUGAUUUAAUUGCAGAAAUACAGAACUUCAUUAAACUAGUCAAUGUGAAGCAAAAGCUUGAGUCUCAAUUUGAUCGCGAACCAACAUUUGCUGAGUGGGCUGAUGCUGUUGGUAUGAGUAUUGUGGCAUUGCAUUCAGAGGUACUCUCUGGGAGGAGAAGCCGGGAAAAAUUAAUUCAUGCUAAUUUACGUCUGGUGGUACAUAUAGCUAAACAAUAUCAGAAUCGUGGCCUCAGUCUUAAGGACUUAUUGCAGGAAGGGAGUAUGGGGCUAAUGAAGAGUGUGGAAAAGUUCAAACCCCAAGCUGGUUGCCGAUUUCCUAGUUAUGCAUAUUGGUGGAUAAGGCAAGCAAUUAGGAAGGCCAUAUUUCAACAUUCAAAGACCAUCCGUCUGCCGGAAAAUAUGUACAGUCUCCAUGCCAAGUUCUUAGAAGCAAGAAAGUUAUUCAUCCAAGAAGGGCAUCAUCAACCAACGAUAGAAGAGCUGGCAUUCCGUGUAGGAAUUACAGUUGAGAAACUGCAGAAUUUGCUAAUUUUGAUGAGACAUCCACUUUCAAUGCAGCAACCUGUGUGGAGUGAUCAGAAUACCACUUUUCAGGAGAUCACUGCAGAUACUGAGAUUGAAAAGCCUGAUGUAUGUGCGGAAAAACAAUUGAUGAGGAAACAUAUACGCAACCUGCUCUGUACGCUGGCUCCCAGAGAAAGACAAAUAAUCAAACUGAGGUUUGGCAUAGGAUCUGCAUCUGAAAAACGGAACUCAUUAUCAGAAAUAGGAGCCAUGUUUGGUUUGUCUAAGGAAAGGGUACGCCAAAUAGAAAGUCGAGCUUUGCACAAGCUUAAGGAAUCACUCAACAGCCAUGGCUUAUUGGAGUAUACUGAUCUACUCGUGUAAAUCAAUAUGCAUUCCAUUCCCGUAUCAAUUGUUUCACUUGUUAGUUUUCAUGUAAAUUAGAUAUAAUAAGUCAUGGUUCAAAUCUGCUGUUUAUAUUAUUACCCACUUUUGGUAAAUGGGUCUUCCUGUAAAUUAAAUGGAAGCUCUGUAUCUAAUUCUUUCUCAUGGAUUGUAUAUAUUUCGUAGCUAAUAAUCAUUCUUAUUUCUGUCUUAACAUUACUGGAAUUUUACAUAUUAUAUGUCUUCAUCUUGUUCCCUUUCCCCUUCCUAU